CCCAUAUAUUUUUUUUCAAGUGAGUGUUUGGUAAUUGACACUGUUUCCUUACGCUAUAAUGAUUGUCCAUCCGUACAACAUUUAGAACUUCCUCUUUUAUUCUACCAUUGCCCAAUUUUUCUUAGCCACUUGUUUCAUUCUUCCCAACCUCUCCAAUCUCAUCACUCUCUCACACACCCUUUUCACAGACACACACACUUUGUUUCUUCUUUUGCUUCUUGCCAUUUCACUCUCUCUAUGGAGGACUUUAUCAUCUCUCCUUCUUCAUCCUCAGUCUCUCUGACCCAAGAAAACACAUCACCAACCCUUCAUCAAAAGCUUCAAUUUUUACUCCAAACCCAACCUGAUUGGUGGGUCUACGCCAUUUUUUGGCAAACCACGAACGAUGAAAAUGGCAACCUCUACUUAUCAUGGGGUGAAGGCCAUUUCCAAGGCACUAAAGAAACCACCCCAAAAUCACUACCUGACAUGAACACAACUAUUAACCCCCAAAACCAUGACCCCAUUUCCGAAGAGCGAAGAAAGAUCAUGAAAGAAAUCCAAUCCCUGAUAAACGACAACAACACAAGCACAAACGACGACCUAAACGACGCUGAGUGGUUCUAUGUCAUGUCGUUGACUCGCACCUUCUCCGUUGGCAAUGCUCCUUCAUCAUCCCUCCCUGGCAAGGCCUUCGCCUUGGGUUCCGUUCUUUGGUUGAACAGCAAGCACGAGCUUCAAUUCUACAACUGCGACAGAGCCAAUGACGCGCACGUGCACGGGAUCGAAACCUUAAUCUACAUCCCAACAACCAACGGCGUCGUCGAAAUGGGUUCCUACGACACCAUCAAACAAAACUGGGGUCUCGUCCAACACGCCAAAUCUCUGUUAGGUUCGUCAUCGUCGUCAUCACCACCACCACUAUCAGAUCUUGUUGCCGCCAUGGCACACGACGACGACAAGAACCUUAACCAAAUCAAAAUCUUCGACGACGACGAGAACAACAACAACAACAACAACAUAUCCUUCGCCGACAUAGGCAUCAUCGCCGGUGUCGAAGAAGAAGAAGAUAGGCAGAGGAAGAGAAAGGAAAUGGAACCCAAUAAGAAAAAGAACGAUUCUUCAUCAGUUCUCAAAUUUGGGUCAUCAUCUUAUGUGGAUUCUGAACAUUCUGACUCUGAUUGUCCACUGUUAACAACAACCAACACCUCAAUAGAGAAAAGAGAACCAAAGAAGAGAGGUAGAAAACCGGUUCUGGGCCGCGAAACCCCAAUGAACCACGUGGAGGCAGAGAGACAGAGGAGGGAGAAGCUGAACCACCGAUUCUACGCGUUGAGAUCGGUGGUUCCGAACGUGUCGAGGAUGGACAAGGCUUCUCUGUUAUCAGAUGCUGUUGCUUACAUCAACGAACUGAAAGCGAAGAUUGAUGAGUUGGAAUCGCAGAAUCAGAGGGAUUCAAGCAAGAAAGUGAAGUUGGAAAUGGGGGAUACAAUGGAUAACCAGAGCACAACAACAACUUCAAUGGUGGUGGACCAAAAGGGGCCUCAUGGUUUUGCACUUGAGGUUGAUGUGAAGAUCGUAGGGAAUGAUGCAAUGGUGAGAGUUCAAUCGGAGAAUGUGAACCACCCAGGGGCAAGGUUAAUGGGUGCAUUGAGGGACUUGGAGUUUCAGGUACACCACGCUAGCAUGUCAUGUGUUAAUGAACUUAUGCUUCAAGAUGUUGUUGUUAAGAUUCCUAAUGGCAUGCGAAGCGAAGAGGGUCUUCUUAAAUCUGCGAUUCUCAUGAGAUUGGAUCAGUAGUUGUUGCAAUAUUAUAUUGUCCCCCCCCCCCCCCCCCAAAAAAUCUCUGGAAGAUGUUGCUGUUCAUAGUAGUUGUGUUUUUGUGUACGUCAUCUAAUAAUAAUGCUCUGAAUCAAUUUUUUCCUUUUAUUAAUUUUUUUUUUUCUUCUUCUCUUUGUCGUGGUGCUUACAACCUGCAAUUAUGUAAAUAUGUGUUGUUGAUCAGAGGAA